AUGACCCGGAGCACCAGCCGCAGGCUGCGGUCCUGGCUGAGCAGCACCCUCCACGGCGAAGGGCGCGACGGCGCGCACUCGCGGCGCGAGCAGCGGAAGGGCUGGACGGUGACCAUCCACGACCUGUCGGGGUUCCCCGUGGCGGCGGCGGCGAUGGUGACACCGUUCGUGCCGUCCCCGGGCUCCUGGCUCAUCCUCCAGGCCACGGGCGCGGGGCCGUCCAGCUGGAAGCCCUGGGCGCGGCUCGAGGCCUGGCGCGAGCGCGGCCCCGUCGACGCUCUCGGCUACCGCCUGGAGCUGGUCUUCGACUCGGGCCCCCACGAGUGCGCCGUCCCCAUCGCCGAGUCGUCUAUCAGCACCAAGCGCGGCGGGCAGUUCGUCAUCGACCCGGCCACGUUCCCCGAGGCCGCCGCAGGCGCCGCGUGGCCGUUUGCCGGCGGCUUCGUCAUGGGCUCCACGGUGGAGGGCGAGGGGCGCGCGAGCCGGCCCACCGUGCAGGUCGGCGUGCAGCACGUGACGUGCAUGGGCGACGUCGCGGUGUUCGUGGCGCUGUCCGCGGCCGUCGAUCUCUGCAUGGACGCCUGCAAGCUCUUCUCGCAGCGGCUCAGGAAGGAGCUGUGCCAGGACCAGGACGAGUGA